ACGGAAGUGAGCUGUGGGUAGCCAUUUUGAACUUGUUGAUAGCGAACAAGGUUGGAAUAUUUGGCUAGUUACCAAAACUAAACAGUCUUUGCAUACAAAGAUGUCGGAUUGCGAGUCCAUAAAGAAAAUGUUAAGGGCCGUUCUGCAGUCGAGCAAGAAUGGUGUGUCUAUAAACACCCUCCAGUCAGAGUACCGCUCACUUUGUGGAGAGAACAUACCCCUAAAGAAGCUGGGCUUCUCAAAACUGGAGGACUAUCUGAGAAGUAUUCCCUCUGUGGUGCGGUUGCAAUACCACAUGGGAGAGUUGAAAUGCUUUGCUGCAGUGUGCAAAGAGACAGCUCACAUUGCUGAGUUGGUUGCCAAACAGAGGAGCUCCAAGAAAUCUGGACGGUCGCAGGUCGUCACCUCCAAGAUGCGAUUCAGACCUUCCAACCCUUACAUGUUAAAUGUGACACCGAGGUCGUCUCUGCGGCAACCAUCGUCUGGAAGUCUAUCUAACUGGACAGCAAAUCGUUUUCGACCUCAUAGUGGCUACAGAAGUGGCAGUGCCUCAGGAGACUACAGACGGCUGGAUCAGAGGCUGAGCUCCAUCACCCCAGUUGAACACAGACAACCAGUUGUUAAACAGAGUGUCAUGCUAGACAGGGGAGAGAUGAGCUUUGUAAAUGCCGUAAACAAGAAUUCUAGAGAGAUUCUUCCAGAGCCAGUGUCCAGACCCAGAAAAUCCCAGACUGAUCUGUAUAAUGUGGCAGAAGUGCAAAGCCAAAUAACACAGGUCCUGGAGAAGUACUCUAAUGGACUGUGGGUGUCCAAACUCUCAGAUGUGUACAGACAGACAUUCAAUCAGACACUCCAUCCUCAGGUGCUCAUAGACCUGGAAAACUGGCCAACUGUGUGCAUGGUGGAAAAACCUUCCAUUACCAACCGAGCUGACAGACUUAUCUACCCUCCUCUGCCUCCCAAACCCUCUACAAUCUCUUUAAAUAGCACCAACUCCUCUACGGUGUCACUCCUUGAUUCAAGUACCGUCAACAUACCAACUUCUUAUCACACCUUCACAACUUUCCAUCCAUUUUCUGUUCCUCAACCUACAGUUACCCGAAAAAAUGUUUUGGCUAAGCCUACCUUUAUUUUUCCUCCACAAGCUGACCGUGCUGCUGCAGACAGUGUGUCAUCAUCAGUGACAUUACAACAUCCUGCUCACAAGCAAGGCCUGCCUCUGCGACUGCCCCAGUGUACAGAUCUUGCCAUCAAUAUUAACAAUGGAUGCAAAAAUAAUCACAACUUAGCUGCAAAUACCUGCAACCGAAACACUUUCCCGUUGGCCCCCACCUGGACUAAUCUUCCAUCGGCCAACGGUUCUGAUUCGCCUCCCUCCCUCCAACCUGACCGGGAGAUUUUACCCUUUAUGAAAGUCACACACUCCUCAUCCUCCAGUGCUGCUGCUUGUCCUCCCUCAGAUUCUUCUGCUGUUGUCUUGCCAGUUGAGAUUUGUCAUAGAAUAAAGGAGCUUCUUUCCAAGUACAGUCAUGGGCUGUGGACCCAUGCUUUGCCUAAACUUUUUAUGGACACAUACAAGAUGGCAUUCCCUGAACAUAUUCUGGAUAACUUAGCUAUUUUGCAGAGUAUCUGUACUAUUGAGUAUCCCUUUCCACAUAACAAGAAGAAGGCCAUCUUGUACGACUCCAGACAAGUAGACAUGGAGCUCAGAGCCAGCCAUGAAAGCCAGCCAUGCAGACUCACCCCCCUCCCUUCUGGUCUGGAAGUCCUGGGUCCCAAGGUUCCUCCACGUUUGACUCUUCCAUCAGAGCAGUACUCCUCAGUGCUGGUUACUGACGCCAAAAGCAGUAAUGCAGUAACUAUAAGGUAUGUAGGUGACAAGUACUCUGCUGCUCAGGAAGCCAUGGAAGAUGCCAUGCAUUCCUUCUACAGCCAAAAUUCCGCACAGCAUCUACUGUCUAACCCGAUUGUUGGUCAGCUGGUAGCUGUCAAAGGGGAGGAUGGAGAUGAGGUGACAAGAGCGCAGAUCUUAGAGGUCAUAAGCCCCAACAAGUUCAAGCUAUACUGUGUGGACCAUGGUGUCUGUUUGGAGACUGAUGGGAGCAAUCUGCUGGAGCUGCACCAGGACUUCCUCUCACUGCCCUUCCAAGCUACCAAUGUCAGACUUGCAGGGUUAGAGGUAUUCAGCUCCCAUCCAUCUGUGCUGUCAUGCUUGGAUCAGUUGGCAGUUUCAAAGAUCUUGCUGAUGGAAACAGUAGAGCCAUGCCAACUGAAUGAAAUGCCUCUGGUUGUACUUUAUGAUACAUCACAAGAUAACGACAUCAACAUCAACUCCCGUUGCCUGAAGUCUCUGCAGGACAAGUCCAUGAACAACCCUCUCUCUGAAAAUGUUAUCUAUCAGGAUGUGUGUGUCUCAGAUGUGAGUGCAGAUGGCACCAUGUACUGUCAGCUGCCAUCCAGGGGAACUGCAAGACUGACUAAGUUUCUAGAAGAAACAGAGGCUUAUUUCAUCUCUCAGACAACAUCAGAGUUCCUGGUUUCCAGACCUUUCUAUGGCAAGUUCUGUCUAGCUCGCUACAAAGGGAAGUGGGCCCGAGCAGAGAUUACCAGCAUGUGUGGCAACAGAGUAAUAGAGAUUCUCUUCAUUGACUUGGGGGUCUCAGCAACUGUAGAAGUCACUGAUCUUCGAGAGAUUCCUCCACUUUUUCUGAGGGAUUUUACCAUGAUCCCACCACAGGUUAUUAAAUGCCGCCUGGCUGACCUCAGUGUUCCAGACAGGGAAUGGAGUCAUGAGGCCAUUCUGUGGCUAAAAGAACUCGUCCUGGGAGCUGAAGACUGCAAAAUGAAGAUAUUGAAGCAGGAAAAGUACAACGAGGACAAGGUGGUCCUUAUAUACUUAUUCGUUGGAGGUGACGGUCAGGAGCUGCACAAGAGCAUCAACCACCAGCUGGCACAGUCAGAGGUGUGGCAAAGACUAAUAGCACAGAACAACAACACGAUCACCAGCACUGGCAGCAACUUCAAGGAUACGGGUCGAAGCAGCCCAUUCCCAAACCCCAUUAUCAAGACCAUAAACCAGCCAUCUCAUCAAGCAGAUAUAGAUGUGACUAAAAGUGGAUUGCAGCCUCUUCCAUUGCCUCCUCCACUGACAUUACCCCAGCCUGGUCAGAAUAUGGAUGUGUUUGUGCCAGUGGCAUGCCAUCCAGGUUACUUUGUGUUGCAACCAUGGCAGGACCUCAAUAAGCUGGCAGUGUUGAUGGGAGAAAUGGUCUUCUACUAUAACCAGCCAGGAAACACAACAAACACAACUUUGCACAUCCAGAAGGGAGAAAUCUAUGCUGCCAAAAUAGAGAAGAAUUGGCACCGUGUGCAAGUGAAGGGAAUUCUGGCCAAUGGGUUGGUUUCCAUCUACGAGCUGGACUACGGUAAACAUGAGCUAGUUCGCAACACACACUUCCAGCCUCUGAUAGAGGAAUUCCGACAGCUUCCCUUCCAGGCUAUUGCUACACAGCUGGCAGGUGUAACACAGCAGCAGUGGUCAGAAGAGGCCGCCUUGGUGUUCAGGAAUCAUGUGGAAAAACGAGCUCUUGUAGCACAGGUGGACAGUUUACAGGAUGUUUCAGAGGUCAAGAGCCAUCUGUGGAAGUGCAGGCUACGAGUUUACUUGGUGGACACCUCCGUAAACUACAAGGACUUUUGGAUUCACAGCAUCAUGGCAGACAUCGGUCAUGUCCGCCAUGAUGCUGUGUCCCAAAGCACAGUGGAGAAUUAACCAGUCUUGAGACUUAUUUGAACACAGUAACAUAGUUCUGAUCAUAGUUAGGUGGUUCUUUUCAUUUUUA